UGUUGUGGGCGGCGCAUGCUUGCUUCCGUGAACAUGCCCAUAGAACUUUGGGAAAUGAAACUUCAGCAGAGCAGCACACAUUAAUCAUAACUAGCUAGCUAAAUACAUUCUAGAAUAGCGACAUAAAACAAAAGCUUCAUUUUAUUAUCUAAACCAGCACCAUGGGUUUCCUGCUGUCUAAAUCUAUGGACCAGAACUUCAAGAAGCAGCAGGAGUUCAUGCUGCACAACGCACGGCUCCAGAUGGAGAGACAGAUCCUGAUGCAGAAUCAGAUGAGAGAGAGACAGAUGGCCAUGCAGAUAGCCUGGUCCAGGGAGUUCCUCAAAUACUACGGCACCUUCUUCAGCCUGGCUGCACUAGGCCUCACUAUCGGUGCCAUUAAGAAGAAGACGCCUGCUCUCUUUGCCCCUGUCGUGCCUCUCGGCUUCGUCCUGGCCUAUCAGAUGGACAUGGCAUAUGGAACGCUAAUCUACCGAAUGAGGGGGGAGGCGGAGAGCAUCAUGGUCUCAGAACACGACCGAUUGGACCUUCCACACGGUGUGCCCAACUUCGAGAGCAUUGAGAAGGCAAGAAGAGCCAAGACCGCCCUCGGCUCCCUCUUUGAGAAAUGACACUGACACUGCUAUGGUGGGUGUGUUGUCCAGUGUCACACCUUUCUGAUCUACACCCCUGGAAGUGAGUGAGUGAUGCUCCUCCGUCCCAAGAUCAACAUUCAUCAAGUCUUCACCACAGAGUUAAGCUGUGUUCACAUGCUAUCGGAAUUAUUGGAAACUCAGGACUGAGAAACUCCCGUAGUUCUCAGUCCUACGUAGUAAAUACAAGUGAGAAACUUGUGUAGCAUCGUUAAACCCUAGUUAGAUAUUUUAGAGUUUCCGAUAAUUCCGAUAGCACAUGAAUGCGAAAUUAUACAGCCAGCCAUGUACAUAGGACACUUAUUGAGCUGACCUAGGAAUUACUGUUGUGAUCAGAAUCUGCAUUGUUUUAGAAUUAUCCACACCAAUGGUGUUCAGAUAUAUAUUUAAUGGAAAAUGGGUUAGUUCCAUUUAAGCCUUAGAAUUUGUGGCCACAUUAAAAUGGACUUCAAUUGCUCACCAGUUGCAGUUCAAGAUGCCUAAGAUUAAUGGUAAGAAGUCGCUACUCAGGCAUGUCAAAAGUGUUUGUAAACGUUGUAUAAAAAAAUGAAUUGCCAUUGUAAAAGAAAAGUCGACUGCUGGUGAUACUAUUCGUAACUUCAAUAAAAUACGAUUAUCUGUA